UUCUGCUUCCGGGUCAGCCCUCCCCCCCCCCCCGGCCCGGGCACGCUCGGCGGGCGGUGCGCGGGGGCGGCGGCCCCGGCCAUGAGGAGCCGGGCCGAGCGUCGGUGGCCGCGCAGGGCCCUGCUUGGGCUGCGGCGGGGCCCCAUGGGCCUGGGGUAACCCUCGGGCCGCCGGGGGUAGGGUGGCGCGUCCCCCCUCCCCGCCGCCAUGUACACCUUCGUGGUGCGGGACGAGGGCAGCAGCGUGUACGCCGAGGUGAGCCGGCUGCUGCUGGCCAGCGGGCAGUGGCGGCGCCUCCGGAGGGACAACCCCCGCUUCAACCUGAUGCUGGGCGAGAGGAACCGGCUCCCCUUCGGCAGGCUGGGCCAUGAACCUGGACUUGUGCAGCUGGUGAAUUACUACAGGGGAGCAGACAAGCUGUGCCGUAAAGCAUCUCUGGUGAAGCUAAUCAAGACAAGCCCUGAACUAUCGGAGUCCUGCACAUGGUUCCCCGAGUCGUAUGUGAUUUACCCAACAAACUUAAAGACCCCCGUGGCUCCAGCACAGAAUGGAAUUCGCCAUCUCAUAAACAACACACGGACGGAUGAGCGGGAAGUCUUCUUGGCAGCUUACAACAGGCGGCGGGAAGGCAAAGAAGGCAAUGUGUGGAUCGCCAAGUCCUCAGCUGGUGCCAAAGGGGAAGGGAUCAUGAUUUCUUCAGAGGCUGCAGAGCUCCUGGACUUCAUCGAUGAGCAGGGACAAGUGCACGUGAUUCAGAAAUACCUGGAGAAGCCUCUGCUUUUAGAGCCAGGGCAUCGCAAGUUUGAUAUCAGGAGCUGGGUUCUCGUGGAUCAUCAAUAUAAUAUCUACCUCUACAGAGAGGGUGUCCUGCGGACCUCUUCCGAACCAUAUAACAGUGCUAAUUUCCAGGACAAAACCUGCCACUUGACCAAUCACUGCAUUCAGAAGGAAUAUUCCAAAAACUACGGGCGGUAUGAGGAAGGGAACGAAAUGUUCUUCGAGGAGUUCAACCAGUAUUUGAUGGAUGCCCUGAACACAACACUUGAGAACAGCAUCUUACUGCAAAUCAAACACAUAAUAAGAAGCUGCCUUAUGUGUAUAGAGCCUGCAAUCAGCACGAAGCAUCUGCACUACCAGAGCUUCCAGCUCUUUGGCUUUGACUUCAUGGUGGAUGAGGAGCUGAAGGUCUGGCUGAUAGAAGUCAAUGGGGCCCCGGCGUGUGCACAGAAGCUGUAUGCAGAGCUCUGCCAAGGAAUUGUGGAUGUAGCCAUCUCUAGUGUUUUCCCCCUCAACGACACUGGGCAGAAGACGAGCCAGCCAUCAUCAAUCUUUAUCAAGCUGUGACGGCGACAGAAAUGCCUCUGCUGUGCACAGGGAGAGAGUGCACCCAUCGGGUCAGCACAGUUCGAUGGCUUAUCUCAGUAUCAUGCCAAAAAGUGAUAGAGACAGCUGCUGCUUUUCUGAGAAAUCAUGGGAGAAAACAACAAAACAGGCAUCUACACAGAGCUGCGAUGAGCCAGAGCUGCUCACAUAACUCUGCCUGCAUUCACCAAAAUCCACUUUAGAAACAGCUCGUGUGACUUUGAUACCUGAAACAAAUCUCUCUGGGAGAACAACAGAAUAACCUUAAAAUGAAACCCCAACAGGGAUACUAUAAUACUGUAUUAGCUCCUCCUUUUCUAUAGAGAUAACAUUGGGUUUUUUAAGGGAAUUGAACGAAGAGAACGAUGAUCUUCUGGGAUGUCGUGGCUGGGAAGUUGUCCUCCUCCCACUGUGUUUCUUCUUUCCUCACCUACUGCAUCAUUAGUGCCUUAGCUCAGCUCCAAAUAGGUGACUCCUUUCCUUUGUUCCUGCUCUGUUACGCAGAAAGGAGCAAGCUCUCUUGCAUCGCAGGAUGCCGGAAACCAGGAACAACAAGAAUUCAGUUUCCUUCGGUCAUUUUCCAAGCUGGUUGGCCGAACACCCAGGCAACAGCUGGCAAAAAAGGGUGCUGAACUGUAGGUGGUGAAUUAACCCAAGAAAGGAAGGCAAUUUUGUUUAUUUAUAGCUAUCCCUUUUCCUAAUGAGAUUUGAAUUGGUGUCCGUCCCACUCUGAUGCAGUUGGAUUCUGUUUAAAAGAGGUAGAGAGACCCCCUUGGGGCUCUCCAGCAGGCUGUAUGAUUUCUAACAUCGCUUUUGUGCUAAGAGGGUUUCAGAUAGCAGAAACCCAAUCUCCUCAGUUUCUUCUGAGAUGCUGCAGUGAAUUUAGGCUCUUCUCUCAGCUUUCACCUUCUUCAUGCGUUUGUGGCAUGAAUCUGAAACCUUUCAACCCAAAUGAUUUUUAUCCUGUUUGAUCCAGCCAAUUUUAUUCUCUUCCAUUUGACAAACACUGGCAGUUUUCUGCCCUGUACACAAUCCACAGCUCGGUCCCAGCUGGGGGGGGAAGGUGGGUGAGGUUUUGUAGACCAGGAGAGAGAUUCCUCGUGUGUAGGUUUGCCACACAGCUGGGAAGGCAGGUGUUUGGUGGGGAGGGGAGAUUAAAUUCCUUAAGGUCCCUGAAUUUCAGAGCUAACAUCUACUUUGACUUUGAGUAUAACCUAAAUCCCUGGCAUGUUGCCUGCCCUGGGAAGUGUGUCUGUAUUGUCAGUGUGAGCCCAGCACAUCCCUCCUAAGCUAGAGCUCUUUGCAGAGCGCAGCGGCACUUGUGACAGCAGUGGGCUUUGUGGGGGGUGUUCGGGGCUGUGUUCUGCUGCCUCUGGCAUGGAGAGAUGUUGGCACCAAAACAAACUGGUUCCUGUUACCCAAAACAAACAAGCAAAAAGAGGUUGUGGAGGUUACAAGCCUGUGGCUGCCGUGUGUAAUGGGAAGUGAGUCAAGCAGUGGGAUUCCUGCCUCCCUCAGAAGAUCUUAGCACUUUGGUGUAUUCAUCUCUGCUCGUGCUCGAGAUUUCAGAGGUCCUUGCACCAGCAGACGAUCCCGGCACCUUUCUGUAGGCAGGACCACAGUGCCCGGGCCUCCUUGGAGUGAUGCGUUUUGAUCAUGCUGUCACGGGAUGGACAUUCAUUGCGAUGUGCUGUGAGUCUGCAAGCGGCAGCAUUUCACGUGGGGCCACUCGGAUCCAGUGCUUGGCAGAACCCCGUGGAAGCAGGGCAGAGAGGGCACAUCCCAAAGGUUUGUGCAGGCACCUCUGAAGUUGUCAGUGCCCCAAAGCGCGGCGUGGAUCCACAUCCGCAGGAAUGUGGCGGACACAGGGUAUGGUGGUGCACGCUGAGAAGUGACAGGGAGCAGGAGCUGUGUGAAAAUGGGGCUGCGGCUUUGUUCCCCUGCACUGCAAGUGCUGGCGGGUGGCUUUGCUUCCAGCGAGACCCUGCUUGGCAGGUCUGCUCUCUGGUUUUGGGCCUCAGGGGUUUUCAGGACAGGGACAGCAAAUGCAUUAGUUUGUGAGAUGGGAAGCUGGGUGACAAGCUGGGAGAGGUUAUGGGGGAAGGACAGGUUGGGAUUUUAACCUUACGAUAGCGCAUAGGGGUCAAAAUUUUACUGCAGGCCAGGUAAAACGUAGGCUGUAACGGUUGUUACUCAACUUGCAAUGUUCACCACAUCUGUAUUGGUAUUUUCACAUGUUGGCUCAUGUAAGCUUAGAAAUUACACCUUUUUGCCCAGCAAAGGGAAAUCUAACAGCAAUUGCUUUGGCCCAGGAUGCGCCUGAGGUGGCAGAGGAGAUGUCAGGCUCUUGCAAGCUCUAGGGCAGACAAGAGCAGAGCAUGAAGCGAGAAGAGCAAAUUUUCCCCAUCAUAACAAAAUGAGAAAUGCUUGUUUUCUGGGGUGCUAGACCCAUCCUUCUUUUCCCCUCAAAAGGGAAAUGAAAAACCAAAUCGCUCCCUUACUGCACAGCAAUGUGAGGUUCCUGCCGACGCAGUGGGAUAAGGGCAAGGAGGCUGCAGGCAAAAGCAGCGGCCCCCCUGCAGCAGCAGGUCCUGCCAGGAGGACCACUGACCCAGGAGCCCUGCCUAACUCCAAAGCUGCCUCUUACCCCUUCUUCACCCUAGAUUGCUUUGUGGCAUGUCAGCAGCUGCUGUUUUUCCUGCUCAGCUGAAAGUGGGGCUUUGACUUCAUGGUGGAGCCGUGACCGUGGGUGCUGCAGCUAUUCAUACCCUGCCUUUUCAGCUGGGCUUUGGGGAGAGAGUGAUUCAGAGAGCUGUGAGCAUUGGCUUGUUUGCUGAAUUUUUCCUAAAUAAGCAGCAGCCUCUGGAGGGAAACAGCAGGUAUGGGCAUGUAUUUACCACCUGCUCUCACAGUGCUCCCCAAGGUAAAGCCCAGGAUGUAGAUGAUAAAGGACAGAGACCUAAGGUCUUGCCCAAAAUAUUAGCUCCGAGGUGGAGUAGAGGACGCAUGUGUGACUGAGGCCUGAGCAUUGCAGCCAUGUGUGCACCUUGCAAGCGAUGCUCGCGAGCCCUUGUGAGACUUUUGUUUGCUUCUUUUUUUUUUAGGAAUGCACAACAAUAAAUGUUUUCUAGCUUAUUUCAGCUAAAAGGUCGAUAGAAAAGGUCAUACUCUCUCCCAGGCUUUCACGAAGGAUAGUGCUGUGUUUCCAGAAGGAACCAGCCAUAUUGCAGAAUGUCUCUGCUCCUAGUUGUAUCCCUCCAUGAAAGAUUCUAGAACCCGGGCUGUGUUCUCCAGCAGGUUCCGGUCCUGCUGGGCUCUGGGUUUCAGGUAACUCCCGUACUUGUCUCAUGCCAGUCCAGUUGCGAUCACUGUACGACAGCUACUGUGCUCCUGCCGAAAUCCGGUGGCCGGCCGCAGCCCGCAGAAAACAUUGGAGAAGUCUAAGAAAGGCUCAAAGCCGCUUCGUCCAGGAGGCCCGGCUUCCCAGCCCUGCUGUGACCAGCGCCCCUCGGGACUGCUCACGUGUCCCUGCUCCCACCAUUUCUUCUUCUCCACCUGCAGCUCUCCCCCAGGAGAGCAGUGCUGAGCUGCACGUAGGUCUGUUAGCCGUGUCUUGUUGCUGGUGUCUGCUGCGGCAGCCCUCGGAAAACCCUGGCGUUGAGAGGGCAGCGGGGCACAUCCAGCGCGGCCGGGCUCCGGUCCGUGUCCCCAGCUGCUCUCACGUCAGCAUGUGCGUGUGGGCCGGCAGGCACCUGAGCUCCCCAUCUCUGGUGACUCCAUCCAUCUCCCCGAAACCAUCAUUAAAACAUGCCAACCCCCA